AUGCCUAUUCCCAGUCCCCAUGGAGAAGUCUUGCAAGAUCUAGUUACCAGAGAUAGACCACAGCGUGAGAACCUUUUAGCAGAAGCUACUGGUCUCAAGAAACUAGAAUUGACUGCAAGACAACUUUGCGAUUUAGAGCUUAUUUUGAACGGUGGCUUUUCUCCAUUGACCGGAUUUUUGAAUGAAGAGGAUUAUAACAGUGUCGUUAAUGACAUGAGAUUGAGCUCUGUCAAGAAUGACCAAGGGAAGGGUUUAUUAUGGCCUAUGCCAAUCACUUAUGAUGUCUCGGAGGAAGUUGCAAAAGAACUCACUGUGGGCCAAAAGAUCGUCUUGACAGAUUUGAGGGACGAGACCCCUCUUGCCAUUUUGACGAUCGAAUCUAUUUAUAAGCCGGACAAAGCCAUUGAGGCCAAGAAGGUAUUCCGUGGAGACCCUGAACACCCAGCAGUCAAAUAUUUAUAUGAAACUGCCGGCGAUUACUACGUUGGUGGAUCGAUCCAAGGUUUGGACUACCCUAAACAUUAUGAUUAUGUUGAAUUCCGUAAAACUCCCACCGAACUCCGCAGUGAAUUUGGCAAAUUAGGAUGGGACCAGCACAAUAUUGUUGCAUUCCAAACAAGAAAUCCUAUGCACCGGGCCCACCGUGAAUUGACCGUUCGCGCCGCUAACGACCUUGGAAAGGACGGUCAUAUUUUGAUCCAUCCUGUCGUUGGUCUUACUAAACCCGGCGAUAUUGACCAUCACACCAGAGUGAAAGUGUACCAUCAAAUUUUGAAGAAGUAUCCUGAGGGUCUCGCUACGUUGUCUCUUUUGCCCUUGGCGAUGAGAAUGGGUGGUGACCGUGAAGCAUUAUGGCAUUCUUUGAUCAGAAUGAACUACGGGGUAGAUCAUUUCAUUGUUGGAAGAGACCAUGCUGGCCCUGGUAAAAAUUCGAAGGGCAUUGAUUUUUACGGACCGUACGAUGCACAGGAACUUUUGGCCACAUUGAAAGAUGAAUUACUGCCUAAAAUUAAAGUUGUUCCUUUCAGAAUGGUGACUUAUUUGCCUGAUGAAGAUAGGUAUGCUCCUAUUGAUACAAUUGAUACCUCAAAGGUUAAGACAGCGAAUAUCUCUGGUACCGAACUUAGACAGCGUUUAAGAGAUGGAACUGAAAUUCCCGACUGGUUUUCUUAUCCUGAGGUUGUUAGUAUCCUCCGUGACACCAAUCCACCUAGAUUCAAGCAAGGUUUUGCAAUCAUCAUCAAAACUGACGAGGCCAAAACAGGAGAAUAUCUUGCUCUUGCGUUACAAUCUACCCUCAACCAAUUUACUGGUGGUCGUCGUAUUACGAACUUGAGCGGAGAUAUCGAUGCCUUCAUCAUCAACGAGUUGGUCAAAUCAGGAGCAGGCGUGAUUUUCACUACUGAGAAAAAUAUUGACAGUCUUAUCGACUUGGUUGGACAAGGAAAUGUUUUAGUUGUUAAAUCUAAAGGAGAUAAGGGAGAGUUUUCCGUGGUCGACGAAAAGAACUUGACAACAACAAUUGAACCUAUCGUGGCUCAUUUAAAAGAGCAAGGGUUUUACAAGAAUUAG